UGUGAAUCCAUCCUUUCGACUCUAGUUGGAUUUUUGUGAAGAUUUAACACCAAACUAGUUUGUGUUUAGCGCGAGUAGUCUGAAGACGAUGGCAACAGUCCGCAAGAAGGUAGACAACCGGAUCCGGGUCCAGAUAGAGAAUGGAGUCGCUCUGCAGCAUCGCACCAUGUUUGUGGUGGUGGGAGAUAGAGGGAGAGAUCAGGUUGUCAUUCUGCAUCACAUGCUGUCUAAAGCUACCGUCAGAGCACGACCCUCUGUACUCUGGUGCUACAAGAAAGACCUUGGGUUUAGCAGCAAUCGGAAGAAGCGCAUGAGGCAGCUGCAAAAGAAGAUUAAAACUGGCACUCUGAAUCUGAAUCAGGAUGACCCUUUUGAACUCUUCAUCGCUGCAACCAACAUCCGCUACUGUUACUACAACGAGACGCACAAGAUCCUGGGCAACACUUUUGGCAUGUGCAUCUUACAGGAUUUUGAAGCGCUGACUCCCAACCUCUUAGCAAGAACUGUUGAGACUGUAGAAGGAGGCGGUAUCGUGGUCAUCCUGCUACGGACAAUGAACUCUCUUAAGCAGCUGUAUACCAUGACUAUGGACGUGCACUCUCGAUACAGAACUGAAGCCCAUCAGGAUGUGGUUGGAAGGUUCAAUGAGAGGUUCAUUCUGUCUCUUGCAUCCUGCAAAAACUGUGUAGUCAUUGAUGACCAACUCAACAUCCUGCCCAUGUCCAGCCACAUGACAAGCAUCAAGCCUGUUCCUCCAAAGACUCAGGAGGACGGUUUGUCUCCACGAGAACAGGAGCUGAAGGAUCUAAAGGAGUCUCUUCAGGACACUCAACCCGUGGGAGUGUUGGUGGAUGGCUGCAGGACCAUGGACCAGGCCAAGGCAGUGCUGAAGUUUAUUGAAGCCAUCUCAGAGAAGACCCUGAGGAGCACUGUGACUCUGACUGCUGCUCGUGGUCGAGGCAAAUCUGCAGCACUGGGGCUGGCUGUUGCUGGAGCUGUGGCUUUUGGCUACUCCAAUAUCUUUGUAACCUCACCGAGCCCGGACAAUCUCCACACCAUGUUUGAGUUCAUCUUCAAAGGCUUUGAUUCUCUGCAGUAUCAGGAGCAUCUUGACUAUGAAAUCAUCCAGUCACUGAAUCCAGAGUUCAACAAAGCAGUGGUGCGGGUGAACAUCUUCAAAGAGCAUCGGCAGACUAUUCAGUACAUCCAUCCAGGUGACGCAGUGAAACUGGGCCAGGCUGAGCUGCUUGUCAUUGAUGAGGCUGCAGCCAUCCCUCUGCCUCUGGUUAAGAAGCUGCUGGGACCAUAUUUGGUAUUCAUGGCCUCUACAAUUAAUGGGUAUGAAGGCACCGGACGCUCCCUCUCCCUGAAACUGAUUCAGCAGCUGAGACAGCAGAGCACAGACAGCCAGCAGACCAUGUCGGCAGAGAACAGAAACACCAACACGGCGAGGCUAGCAGCAGCUCGCACUCUCCAUGAGGUUACCCUUCACGAGUCCAUUCGGUACGCUCCAGGAGACGCUGUGGAGAAGUGGCUGAAUGAGCUGCUCUGUUUGGAUUGUCUCAGCAUUCCCAGGCUCAUCUCUGGCUGCCCCCUUCCACAGACCUGCGACCUGUAUUAUGUGAACAGAGACACACUGUUCUGUUACCACAAGGCAUCUGAGGCUUUUCUGCAGCGGUUGAUGGCCCUCUAUGUGGCAUCGCAUUAUAAGAAUACCCCAAAUGACCUGCAGAUGUUGUCCGAUGCUCCGGCCCAUCACCUCUUCUGCCUCCUGCCACCUGUUCCUCCCACGCAGAACUCACUGCCUGAGGUCCUCGCUGUGGUUCAGGUUUGUCUGGAGGGGGAAAUAUCCCGGCAGUCCAUCCUUAACAGUCUGUCUAGAGGGAAGAAGGCCUCAGGCGACCUCAUUCCCUGGACUGUGUCAGAACAGUUCCAAGACCCAGAGUUCGGGGGUCUCUCCGGAGGCAGAGUGGUGCGAAUAGCUGUCAAUCCAGACUACCAAGGGAUGGGUUACGGCUCCAGAGCGCUCCAACUGCUUCAGAUGUACUAUGAGGGCAAGUUCCCAACAAUGGAUGAGAACGCACACUCGAACCCCAACGAAAUCACCUCCGUCAGCAGUGAGGCUGUCAGUCUUCUGGAGGAGGUGGUCACUCCACGGAAAGAACUCCCUCCUCUGCUGCUGAAGCUGAGUGAGAGAAGAGCAGAAAGACUGGACUAUCUAGGAGUUUCCUACGGCCUUACCACACAGCUGCUCAAGUUCUGGAAGAAAGCAGGUUAUACUCCAGUCUACUUGAGACAAACCCCUAAUGACCUGACAGGAGAGCACUCUUGUGUGAUGGUGAAAGAGCUGAAUACAGAUGAAGCCCCAGAUCAGAGCCAGUGGCCGUCAGCCUUCUGGAAAGAUUUCCGCCGGCGUUUCCUGUCUCUCCUCUCCUACCAGUUCAGCAACUUCCAUCCGAGCUUGGCCCUCAGCAUCCUGCAGAACAAGAAGACCAAGGAGGAGAUGAACACACUCACUAGCUCCGAGCUGGCAGGUCAUUUCAGCCCUUAUGACCUCAAACGUCUGGAGUUGUAUUCGAGGAGCAUGGUGGAUUACCACCUCAUCAUGGACCUGGUCCCGUCUGUGGCACGCAUGUUCUUCCUCAAACAGCUUGGUGACGUCUCCCUCUCAGCAGCACAGUGUGCGUUACUGUUGGGAAUAGGACUGCAGCACAAAUCAGUGGAACAGCUAGAAAAGGAAAUUGAACUCCCAAGCUCGCAGCUCAUGGGCCUCUUCAACCGUCUCAUCAGGAAGAUUGUACAAGUCUUUACCAGCAUUCAAGAAAAAGCUAUUGAAGCUGAGAUGGCAACAACUAAAGAGGUUACCAUGGAGCCAACUGUCCGAAGCCUUAAUGAUGAUCUGACUGAGGCAGCCAAGGAGUUUGAGGAGAAACACAAGCAGGAUAUUGAGAAAGUGAAGGACAUGGAUCUGGAACAGUACAGGAUCCGUGGAGAUGAUGAGGAAUGGGACCAGGUGUUGAAGAAAGCAGGGAGCACAAAUAUCAUCAGUAUAAAAAGUGACAAGAAGCGGAAAAUGGAUGGGGGAAACGCCAUCGCAAGCAACGGGGGUCCCCAGCAUGGGAAAGUGAAAAAGAAGGAAAUGCAGCACGGCAAAUUCAAGAAGAACAAAGGCAAAUUUGGAAAGAAGGCGUAACAGUAA